AUGCGUUUCGCUGGAGGCUCGGAUGCUGGGCCUGCCGGCAACUCCAGCCCGUGGUGGCCUCUGGCCAGCGGCGGGACCAACGCCAGCCGGGAAACGGAGGCGCUCGGGGAAGGCGGCGAUCUGCAGAGGGACGAGCGCAACGAGGAGCUGGCCAAGCUGGAGAUCGCCGUGCUGGCCGUGACUUUCGUGGUGACGGUGCUGGGUAACAGUAGUGUGUUGCUGGCGCUGCACCGCACGCCUCGCAAGACGUCUCGCAUGCACCUCUUCAUCCGCCACCUCAGCCUGGCGGACCUGGCCGUCGCUUUCUUCCAGGUGCUUCCACAGCUGUGCUGGGACAUCACCUACCGUUUCCGGGGACCUGACGUGCUGUGCCGUGUUGUGAAGCACCUUCAGGUGUUCGUCAUGUUCGUGUCGGCUUACAUGCUGGUGGUCAUGACCGCCGACCGCUACAUCGCUGUGUGCCACCCGCUGAAGACGCUGCAGCAGCCCGCGCGCCGCUCGUUAUGCUACAGGCCAUGAUGGAAUAAUAUGAAACUAACGUUCCUAUUGACCCUAGAAACUAGAAAGCCAAUAAAAUAUCUGCUGAGCACGCCGCAGUACUUCGUCUUCUCCAUGGUCGAGGUGAACAACGCCACCAAGGCCUAUGACUGCUGGGCCACCUUCAUCCAGCCCUGGGGUUCCCGCGCCUACGUGACCUGGAUGACCGGAGGUAUCUUCGUGGCUCCCGUGGUCAUCCUGGGCACCUGCUAUGGCUUCAUCUGCUACCACAUCUGGCGCAACAUCCGCGGAAAAACGGCGUCGCGCCAGGGGAAGGGCGAUGAGCGCGCGGGUGGCACCUUCCGCAAUGGACUCCUGCUCGCGCCCUGUGUCAGCAGCGUGAAGACCAUUUCUCGCGCCAAAAUCCGCACGGUGAAGAUGACUUUCGUGAUUGUGACGGCUUACAUUGUUUGCUGGGCGCCCUUCUUCAUUAUUCAGAUGUGGUCUGUCUGGGAUGAGGAGUUCGCCUGGGUCGAGUCAGAAAACCCAGCCAUCACCAUCACUGCAUUAUUGGCUUCCUUAAAUAGUUGCUGCAACCCCUGGAUAUACAUGUUUUUUAGUGGCCAUCUCCUGCAAGACUGUGUCCAAAGCUUCCUGUGCUGCCAAAACAUGAAGGAAACAUUCAACAAAGAAGAUUCUGAUAGUGUGAGCAGAAGACAGACUUCUUACACUAACAACCGAAGCCCAACAAACAGUAUGGGUUGGAAGGACUCGCCUAAAUCUUCCAAGUCCAUAAAAUUUAUUCCCGUUUCAACCUGA